AUGUCCCGCAUUUACCAAAACGACUUCGGCAAACGUCUCAUUGCGUCUCGUCCUCCUUCAACUUCUAGCAGACCGCCGUCCACAUCUUCCGUCCGGUCUGUCACAUCGCAACGCUCAACUUUCGUCGCCAACAAGACAAUCACUGCACCUGCUCGAGUUAGGCCAGUGGGAAGAGCAGUCGUUCCUGCUAUUAUUCGUCAACCAUCACAAGUCGAUGUACUCAAAGGAAAAGUCGCAGCGAUGGAAAAGGAUAUUAUGGAGAAGGACGAACGGUUGCAAAUUGCAAAGGAGACAGCGGUAAUGCAGAAGGAAAGCAUAGGAAUGUACAAAGAGCGGCUAGAAGUGAUGAGCACGAAAGUGGACGCGCUGAACGUGCAAGUGGACGUGCUGAAGACGGAGAGUAGUAAUCUGAAGGCAGAAGACGAACAAAAGAAGGUGCGAAUCGGAGAAUUAACGAGCCAGUUGAACGAGAAGGAGAGUAUCAUGCGGAAGCUGCACAAUGAUGUCGUUGACUUGCGAGGCACGAUUCGUGUAGUUGUUCGUGUGCGUCAGAUGCUCAGAUCUGAAGUCGAAACGAGUGUUUCCGCUAUCGAAUACCCGACAAUCAAUUCCAUCAUUGUUAAUCAAGGAUCGAAAUCGUCUGGAGCAAUGACGUUUGAAAAAGUGUUCACACCUAUCUUCACUCAAAGUCAAGUGUUCUGUGAGAUCGAGGAUUUCAUUCUGGAUUUGAAUGAGAAGACAAAGAAUGUGUAUACUCCUCGCCCCCAAAAACAUAUCAACCCUCAUUUAUCACAGCUGUAUCCGAUGGAAAGUGAUGUGGAGAAAGCUGUUCUGAGCAUCUCAAGUCUGUUCAACUGCUCAGAAUCGAGCGAAGAUAUAAUCAAGACACUGACAUGCGACUCGCUUGUUGCCCUCGCCGUAGCUCCGUUAACACUGCAAAACAAAAAGGGAAUUGUGAAAAUUUUAAUGCAGUGGUCAUUCAUCACUGAUGUAGAUGAUGAAAUAUUAUCUGGAAUCAUUCAAUCUUUACGCUUCGCCGAUUUACAUUUCAACGAACUAUACGCCAUCCGAACCGCAUUGUUUAAUUAUUUGACUAAGCCAUCGAUCAACGACGAAACAAUUCUGAGAAUCCUCCCAUCUGGUAAACUUGAUCUGCAGCCGCGUCAGAAUCAACAGUUCAAUGGUGACGCCUGCUUGGAGUACACUUAUGUUCUCUCGAAGCUUCAGAAAGUCACUUCACUCGGCGUGCCGACGAUGUUCAAGACACUGACACAAUAUGAUUUCCGGAGAACUACAUACUUUGAACGAUCACAUCAAAUAGUUUCACAAUUAUCGACUUUUAAAGUCUCUGGAUUUGUGGUAAAUGAAAUCAAUGGAAAUCGUUUUGCAACUGGUUUUGGGAAAGCUAUCAAUGAUGUGGAGAUUACUGAGCCCCCACCGCAAACCAUUAGUCAUUACUCGGCAGUUGAAAACUAUGCCAACGGAUUGGAAUGGGUGACUGGAAAGAGUAUAGACCGAAUUUCAUUACAACGGUCGAUUGAAACACCAAAAAAAACUGAUUACGGAGAUGAAGAAGAGGAAGAAGAGGAGGAGGAAGAAGAGGAGGAAGAGGAAGAGGAAGACGACUCAGAUCAAAUGAAUGCAGAAUUAUGGACGUAUGACUCAGGCUACGACGGCUCUCCACAAUUGUCCCCAACAGAUACAUCUACUGCAACAUUUUUCGAUUUUUCCCUCUCACUUCAAGAAUCAGUUCAAGAUGAAAAAUAG